AUGAGCUCUCUGUUGAAAACACAACAACAGACCUCAGAGUACUACAAAACAAUGUCCCAGCACUACCAGUCCUACCAGUACUACCAGUGCUACCAGUACCACCAGUACUACCAGUACUACCAGUGCUACCAGUACUACCAGUACUACCAGUACCACCAGUGCCACCAGUACUACCAGUACUACAAAACAAUGUCCCAGCACUACCAGUCCUACCAGUACUACCAGUGCUACCAGUACCACCAGUACUACCAGUACUACCAGUACCACCAGUGCCACCAGUACUACCAGUACACCAGUACCACCAGUACACCAUACUACCAGUGCCACCAGUGCUACCAGUGCUACCAGUGCUACCAGUACUAUCAGUGCUACCAGUGCUACCAGUACCACCAGUACUACCAGUACUACCACUGCUACCAGUGCUACCAGGGCUACCAGUACUACCAGUACCACCAGUACCACCAGUGCCACCAGUGCUACCAGUACCACCAGUACUACCAGUACUACCAGUGCUACCAGUACUACCAGUACUACCAGUACUACCAGUGCUACCAGUACCACCAGUGCUACCAGUGCUACCAUGGACUACAGGUGGGCGUGGCACGGGUCCUAGUGGACUACAGGUGGGCGUGGCCAGGGACCUGGUGGACUACAGGUGGCCGUGGCCAGGGACCUGGUGGACUACAGGUGGGCGUGGCCAGGGACCCGGUGGACUACAGGUGGGCGUGGUCAGGGACCUGGUGGACUACAGACACACACUUGGACACAUACUCGGACACACACUCGGACACACAUGCGGACACACACGCGGACACACACACGGACACACACGCGGACGUCCCUGACGACGACUACGGCGAGGCGGACUGGGACUCCUCCCCCUUCCUCCCGGACCGCCCCCCGGGGCGGGGCCAGGCCGGGGGGCGGGGCCUGGACUGUGAGGGGGGGUGCGGGGGGCUGGAAGUGACCCUGGUCCCGCGGGGGCCCGACCCCCACCGCUGCCCCGACCCGUUCCGCUGCUCAGAGCUGGCCUCUGGUUGGCUGAAGCAGAACCAGGAGGGGCGGGGCCAGCUGGAGGACCUGAAGGAGAGCACCUCCCAGCUGCUGUCAGAGCUGAGGAGACAGACACACCGGGUCAGCGCGCUGGAGCAGGCCAGCGGCCCGGUCCUGAGGUGGAGGCGCGGGGAGGAGGAGCAGCAGGAGGUGCAGCUCCUCCUGUCGCUCCACUCCGUCCUCCUCCACCAGCUGGGGGCGGAGCUACAACUCCUCUCCACCUCCCUGAAGCCCCGCCCCCCCGGCUGCACCGUCAACAUCCUCCAAUCAGGGGGCUCGCCCAGCCUGAGGGACACCCUUCACCCCGAGCUGCACCAUGUGUCAGUGUGUCCGGUGGAUUGUGCGUCCCUCUUCCUCAGUGGUGUGCGUCGGUCGGGGGUCUACAGCGUGGUGCCGGGGGGGUCCCGACCAAUCAGAGCGUCCUGUGACAUGGAGACCGACGGGGGGGGUUGGACCGUGGUCCAGAGGCGUGAGGGCGGGGCUCUCAGCUUCAACCGUGAUUGGAUAGCGUACCGGGAGGGGUUCGGCCUGCCGGAGGCGGAGCACUGGCUGGGGAAUGAGGUCAUCCACCUGCUGACCAAUCAGGGGCCCUACAGCCUGCGCAUAGAAAUGGAGGACUGGAGCCACGCCCACAAACACGCCCACUACAGCAGCUUCAGUCUGGAAGGCGGGGCCGAGCGCUACCGGCUGCACGUGUCGGGGUUCAGCGGCUCCGUGGGUGACUCAUUCGGCCGCUACCAUGACAACCAGGUGUUCAGCACACCGGACACUGGAAACAUCUGCUCUGAGAUCAGCCACGCCGGGUGGUGGUUCAGACACUGUUUCCAUAGCAACCUCAACGGGGUCUACUACAAGGGCGGGCACUACUCCCCCCAGGGCCCUAACGUCCUGGGUCCUGACGGGGUGGUCUGGUUCUCCUGGAGACGCUCCGACUACUACAGCCUCCGCUUCGUCUCCAUGAUGGUCCGCCCCCGCAGCUUCACCGCACACCUAUCGCCAUAG